AUGCAGAGUGCCACAUACUUUCUAUCCGAGUUAUGGACAAAUGAUGAAGCCGUAAGGGGGAGUUUUGUUAUUCACAAGGAAACAGUUCCAUCAUGGCGACGGUGUAAUUUCGAUCAACCUUACAAAAUGGAAAUCACGAGUACGGUGGAUGAUCAUUUAUCCUUGAUCACUAAAGGUUACCAAGCUAUGAUUUACAAUGGAGACCACGACUGUAAAAUAUCUUAUGUCGGCACCCAAGCAUGGAUCAGACAACUUACACUAGUAGGAAAAGGUGUUAACCUGUCUAUCACAUAUCACUGGCGACCAUGGCAUGUGGACGACCAAGUCGUAGGGUACACAAGAACUUACGCCAACAAUCUGACAUAUGCAACAGUAAAGGGUGCUGGUCACACAGCCCCGGAGUACAUGCCCAGGGAGUGUCUUGCUAUGAUCGAUAGAUGGCUUUCUCGUGAACCUCUCUGA